UUUCGCCUCGCUGGGUCGUUUCUCGCACCUCGCCUCGUCCUUCUACCGCGCCUCCCCUCCCGACGGCGCAGGGUUCCUUCUCCUGCGCCUCCCCUCCCGACGGUGCAGGGUUCCUUCUCCUGUUUCUCCGGGAGCGCCUCCCAUCCCGACGGCGGGCGAUACGAUUCUUCGUCGGCGAUGGCAGCCGAAGGUGUUUAUUUGUUCUAUUUCCUCACCUGGUUCUCCGGGAGCGCCUCCCCUUCCGACGGCGGGCGCUUGGAUUCCUCUCGUCGGCGAUGGCAGCCGAAGGCGACUUCAACAGGCUUACAUGGAUUGGCGGUUGCCUUCCACUACUGGCUGUUGUAUACUUGGAUUUCCUCGAUUUCAAUGACAAUGCCCCCCAUUGAUUAUAGUCUGCCUAGGAUGUCCUUCAUCAGAAAUGAAGAUUUCUCCUAUCUCGUGAAUUCAGAUCGUAACAUAACGUCUCGAAAAUCAUAUGGGGUGCUACCAAUAAGGGACAUUUCUCUAACUCCAUAUGGCACUCCUAUACAAAUCCUCCUAGAUGCACCUCAGGCAAGAGAUGGUGAUGCAGUUUUGCAAGUUGUUGCUAAUGAUCUCAUAGAUCAUCCACCAGAACCUAAUCAAGCCAUCCUGGGCGAGUUAUUCGUAGAUGAUUUUAAUGAAGAUGGCUACUACAAUCAGGAGGGGGCGAAGCCAGCAGCAGCACUUGUUGCAGGAGGCGAGUAUCACUGAAGCGGAGGCGUCGUCCUGAACUCGUUCACCCUUGAUCAGUCAACUUUUUGAGAAACCUGAGAGUUGUGAAGACGUCUUGAUUGUCUGUUUAGUCGUCCCAUUUGCGUCCUUUUUGGUUCUGCUUAGUGUUGGUAUCGAGCGACUUUAAGCACUGCUGUAAGAUUGUCUGAUUAGUCGUCCUGUUUGCGUCUUUUUUCGGUUCUGUUUAGUGCUGGUAUCGAGCAAUUUUUAAGCGCUGCUGUAAGAUCUGUUAAGAUAAGACAAUCUUUUUCUGAAA